CCGUUACGUCUAACGUCUUUGGUACGUGUGAGGCCCACAACAAACUGAGCUUAAGUGACACUGAAAGCAGUUUAUAGUAGUUUUUUUUAAUGGGUGGACAAAAAUUUCAGUAUGAUGAAAGCGGUGGAACGUUUUUCUACUUUUUAUUGUCAUUUUUGGCGUUACUUCUCAUACCAGGAACUUAUUAUUGGUGGCCACGUAAACGACGCGAAGAUCCGGCCAAAUAUGAAAAGGAAUGCCAUUGUGAUGACUGCAAAAAGAAAAAGCUUAUACUCCAGUCAAAUGAACCAUGGAAAGGCACAAAACAGAUGCUUACGAAACUUCUUAUUAUAUCUGGAUGGUUGAUAUUAGCACUCUUGGCAUACAAAGUUUCCCAGUUUGAUUAUGAAUAUGCAAAUUUUGAUCCAUAUGAGAUCCUUGGAAUACCUCUGGGUGCAUCACAAGCUGAUAUCCGUAAACAAUACCGUAAACUGUCACUUAUUCUGCAUCCAGAUAAGGAAACAGGAAAUGAGAAAGCAUUCAUGAAAUUGACUAAAGCAUAUCAGGCUCUGACUGAUGAGGAGGCACGGCGUAACUGGGAGAAGUAUGGUAACCCUGAUGGUCCUGGUGCAAUGAGCUUUGGCAUAGCACUUCCGUCAUGGAUCGUUGAGAAAGAGAACUCUGUUUGGGUUCUUGGAUUAUAUGCUCUUGUUUUCAUGGUUGCUCUGCCCACUGUUGUGGGAAUGUGGUGGUACAAGUCCAUUCGAUAUUCUGGAGACCAGGUUCUGCUUAAUACUACACAGAUGUAUUACUAUUUCUUUCAUAAAACACCUUCAAUGGCUCUAAAAAGGGUAAUUAUGAUCCUUGCAGCCUCACUGGAGUUUGAGAAGAAGCACAACAGUGAGAUUGUUGAGAGACCAACAGACAAUGAAGAAGUUCCUCAUCUCAUUAAGCAGAUACCAAACCUCAGUGAGAAGAAUCGUGAGCGACCACUGUGCUUCCUGUACUCUUUGAAGGCACGUGCAAUCAUUCAUGCCCAUCUGUCUCGAAUUCCUCUCAACCCAGAAACUCUCGAUAAGGAUCGGCAGUACAUUGUAAAGAAAUGUCCGUAUCUUAUCCAAGAAAUGGUCAACUGUGUGUCCCAGCUCAUUCUUCUGGCAUAUGCCAGGCGAAUACCAAGACUGCCAAAUAUUGAGACAAUAGAAAACUGUAUGAAACUGUGUCCAAUGAUAGUACAGGCUAUGUGGGAAUAUAAGAGUCCACUCUUACAGCUGCCAUAUGUUACAGAUGACAAUUUGAAGUAUUUUGUAAAUAAAAAGAGAUAUAUAAAAACAAUUCAGCAGUUUGCUCAAUUAAAACAUGAAGAGAGGAGGAGCAUUUUACGCAAUCUUUCUGAUGAACAGUACCAUGAUGUUAUGAAGGUUGCAGGGAAAAUGCCUUAUAUUGAGUUUAAAGUGAGAUCUGAAGUGAUUGAUGAUGAAAAUCCAACUGUCUACACGGCAGGGGCAAUUGUCACUGUGACAGUAACACUAAUACGUCACGACAUGAGCAUCCUCUUUGGGGAUGAUACGAAGGCAGCACAAAAUGCUCCUCCCCAGGAGAUGUUGGAAGAUUUAGCAGAGAAAGAAAAAGAGCAGGAAGAUCAGGAGCAGCCUCCAAAGAAAGAAGAACAGGCUAAAAAACCAGUGUGGCAAAAGCAACAGAAGAAAGGUAAAAAAACGAAUAAGAAGAGCUCCAGGGGCCAAAAAACUUCAUCCAGAAGUACACCUGCCAAGAAGGUUGAUGAAAAGCCUCAGGCUCCAUCCGAGCAGUUUCAUGAGAUACCUACAAAGAAGGUUGCUGCAGAGUCAGGAGAUGAAGUGUUAUGUCAGAUGAUGAUGUGGAGCGGUCUGAUGAUGAAGAGAAUGAAAUACAAGACACUACCAGAAAUUGGAACAUGUGGCAAACACCUGCUGCAACCUGUUAUGUAUAGUUCAGUACAUCACAACAUAGAACAGUUCUGUGUAGGAGCUAUCCACAAUAUUGGUUCUUCUGUGGAAGAUGAUGACACUGAGUGGGAGAAAUUCCAGGCUCGAUUGCAUAAACGAGAAAAAGUUUUGGAGGGUAGAAGUAAGCAGUCUCAUAGUGUGCACUGCCCAUUUUUCCCAGAGGAUAAACAGGAAUACUGGUGGGUUUAUAUCAGUGAUCGCAAGAGCCACACUUUACUAACUUCUCCAUACCAUGUGACAGCUCUUGUGGAGGAAGAGGAAGUGCAGUUAAAAUUCACUGCCCCACGAUGGCCUGGCAUCUACACGUUCACUGUUUGUCUGAAGUCAGAUUCGUAUCUUGGCUUUGACCAAAUGCAGGACAUAAAGCUGGAUGUGAAAGAAGCUCCUGAAAUACCAACAGAGCAUCCUCAGUGGGAAAUGUCAGAUGAGGAGGAAGAUGAACAAGAGGCUGAAGGAAGUGAUGUGUCAGAGUUCACAACAGAUGAGGAUGUUGAAGAUGACCAGGAUUAACACAGUUUCAGGACAGAUAGUACAGAUCUGUACAAUGUACUGAAGAAAGCAGAAGUAUGAAGAAGUUUGACACUUGAGCUGCAUGUCAUAUGGAGUUACUCUCUCAUGACACAUAGACAGUACAUGUGAACUGUUAUACUUAAUUUAUUUGUUGUAUUUGUAUGAUUUCCAUGGGUGUGUUUUGUGUAAAGCAAAUCUUUUUGCAUUUUUUGUGUACAUCAUUGUCCAACCACAGAGCAGCAUUUUCUUGUAUGGUUCAGUGACUACUUCUUAAAACAUUCAAAGUGAUAACAAGAUUUGAGUGUUACCUCUCUCUCUCUCUCUCUCUCUCUCUCUCUCUCCUCCUUUGUUCUCUCUCUGUGGAUGCGCGCAUGCUGUUGAAGUGGAAUGUGUGUGUGAGUCUGUGUUUGUUGCAAAAAAAAAUGGAGUUGGGACUAUCAUUUAAUCAUUCCUUGCUCGUACAGAAUUAGCAUGAAAUGUUUUCUCUUGGAUUCCUAAAUGCAGCUUGUUUUGGCUUCCAUUGAAAGCUAUGUUUGUAAUAGACAUUCUAGUUUUUUACGUCACCAUAGUCCCUUUUGUUCCUUUGUGACUGAACAGAGACAGGGGAAGGUUUUGCACAUUAUCUUGUAGUGAGGUACUUUUAUUUUUGAAAUAAUUGGGUAUUCAUUUUUUUAUUGCUUUUUAUGCUUGUCUGUGAUUAGUGUGUGUAAAGAUUGGAUCAAUGAAAUGCGUACUCUAAAGAAAAGUGGACAGCAACUUUUUAAGUAGAUGUCAAUACAUGUGUUCAGAUACCGAGUAUGGUAUUAUCCAGAGAAAAUAUGUGGAAUAAUGUGGCAUGCUUGUUUUUUAUCCAAUGUCAAAAGUUUAAAAAUGAUUUCAAAGAAAUCAUAUUAUUAUUGCGUAAGGAAUAAAAAGCAGUGGAGCCUAUUUGUGAUUUAUUGUGUUUAGUCACUCUUCAUUUCAUUGUGAGGGUGGAGGAAAAUCCUCAAAUCACAUUGAAUUGUAUUUCAAUUUUGAGAUCUUUGUUCUUCAUUUUUGUCUGUGCUGUUAAACAGAGAAACUCCACAAGGUCAUGAGUAAUUUCAGCAAAAAACUAUGCCUCUAAAUUGGUUGGAGGUUAAAUCAAAGAUCCUAUUUUUGAACAUACAUUUCUCUACAACUAUGAGGUUGGUGCUAUAUCCAGUACUGCUCCCAUUCCCAAACAGGCCUGCAUUUGUAUGAGGACCUAUAAUAUAUUUUUAACUUAUUUGAUUGUGAAUCAGUUUAUGUAUGUGAAAGAAUGAAAUUAAUGUUGAAGCAUUUUUAUUUGAUAAAAGAAAAGGUAAAACAAUAUAAUAUUGUAUAUAUGAUAACGCAACAAUGUAUUGUAGAAACAAAAAUGUUAUAAUUUGUGGGUGUUGAGUGACUAUUGAUGUUAAAUAUGAGACUGUAUUUUCUCAAAGGUGUUUAUAAACGUCAUAAAAUACAUUGGGCAUGAGCCUAAACUUUUAUAAUUUUA